AGCACAAUGUUUUGUGCCAAUUUUUUGUAUGGUUAGGGAGAAGGAGUUUUGUCUAAAAAUCCCCUUUUUCUUGUGUUACAUGAUUGUUUAGGCCCCAAAAAUGAAUUCCAAAUCAUCGAUAAAUUUUGAUUUCAAACCACUCAAACAGUCGAUAUUGGCAAAUGCCGCUAAGAUUUCACCUCUUAUCCGGGAGACAACAAUUGGGCCAAAUGCCGGAGAACGUUCCCUGGCCAGUGAACUGGCAGAUCUGACUAUUGAUGAGAGAAAGAAGCCACCGGAGAAGACGGUGUGGGAAGAAACAGAGUAUUCAGAAGGGAUGGGAAACGCUCAUUUGAAUUUGAAGGAGUAUUUUGAUGACAUUUCCAACAUCCGGAAGUUGCAGAGUUUGGAGAAACUGCGCAAGGAGGCCAUUCAGAAGGAGAUUAUGUCGAGGAUGAACCGUCAGAGGAUGAAGCAGACGGAUUUGGAGGCUAUUUACAGUGAGUCUCAGAGGAAUUUGCAGAGAAAGCUUACUGCGCAGUUUGAGGAGGCUGAGCGGCGAGUGAAGCAGACGCUGGAGGAACAGGAGAGACUCAGUCGGAUUCAGGAUGAACAGAUGCGAGAGGUGAUGCUGGCUAAUAGCAAGAGGAUCGACAAUCAACAGAAGAAACUUGAGCAGUGGCGUGCAAUGAAGUCAUGCAUGGAAGCUCUGGAAAAGGGUCAGGAAAAAUUCAAAAAAGGCUAUCAGACUUUUGUUCUCACCCUCAUGAGCAUAGAUAAGAACCUGUUUCUGAACUACGUGUCAAUCAAUGAGCGAGCGAAUAUGCUAAUUACCAGCUACGAUCACACGAUAAAGUCCAUUGCGGAAGGGAACAUCACGGAGAGUGCUGUCAAAGUGAUAGAGGGAUUAGCUGAGGAUCUGCAUAAGUUGCAGCAGGAAUUUGUCACGAAGAUCGCACAGGAUGCCGCAGCGGCAGAAGAGGCCAAGCAGAAACUCAAUCAGGAAGCUGCAAAGCCAGCAAAAGAGGAAAAAGCCUCCGUGGAUCAAACAGAUACCCUGCAGAAGGUCCAGGGACUCAAUCAAUUCAUCAGUCCACAAUCCCAGAAGCACUAUACAAAGGUCAUGAAUCAACUGGUGGAAUAUUCAUCUGCCAUUGAGCCUCUGUCCAGAGAUGACAAUGACAGCCUCAAAAAGUUCCGGAUCAACUGUCAAAAAGCCAUAAAUAUCCCGGUAAAUGCAAUAUCCGACGUGAGUGCUGAUCAUCUUCGGGACAAAUAUGACAAACUAGCUGCCCUGCUCAGUGGAACUCCUGUCUCCUGUGGCAGCGAACAGGUGAACACGUCAGCCCAUCCGCUUGGCCAGAAGUUCUGCACAGUUUUGCUGUCAAAGAAGUUUGUCAGUCAGGCAGGAACGGAAGUUGCCAGCAAUCCCAAAGCAGCCUUCGCUCUAGCAGCUGUGAUAGUUGCCCUCUGGCAGAAAUUCCCGGAUUUCGGCAUACUCUUCCUGGCUCAUACCUAUCGGGAUUGCCCCUACCUCGUGCCCUACUUCAUUCCCCAGUUCGAAGGUCAAUCCACAGAAGAUUACAUGAAACUCCUCGGCUACAAGGUCACCAAUGGUCAACUCGAGCCACAAAACAUUUACCUGAGCCGAAUGGCCGGAAUUGCACGACUCUAUGCGGCCAUUCUGGUGACAAAGCCCCGAAUGGGGGAGACCGCACCCCAUCCGCAUGAUCUCAACAAUGGCUGGAUUUGGCUAUGCAAUAUCCUCAAUUUGGAACCAUUGCCAGAAAUCUGUGCCACGAUGAUCCUGGAAGUGCUGCAGAUUGCCGGCGAGGAGAUGCGUUGUUCGUACGGGAAGCAAUUCCUCAAGCUCAUCUUUGCCAUUCAGAAUCAGUACUUUCCCAAGUUGGAGCUGGUGGAUGAGGGUGGACCCAAGUCCAGGCUGCAGGUUUUGCUGGAGACAGUGAUGAAGGAGGGCAAAUUCAAUAGGCCAGAUGGGGCUCUCCAGGCGAAUUUUUGGUGAGUGUUUGUGAUCUUUUACGACUAUUGUACGAUUUACGAAAUUACUACGAUUAUUAAAUGUUUUCCAAUACUGA